AUGAGAGAUAGCGACGGGGAAGGGGUCGGCGGCGGACUCCCGCGCUCGCACCCUUCCAACAUCCCGCUGCCGAUGCAUCACUCCGACCCCAACUACUCGGGCACGGACGAUGAGUGCUCCAACAGGAAUAGCAGCUCCUCCGCGACUGGUGGCGCCAGCCCUGGAUUCUACAAUGACUACCCGUCCAGCUUCAGCGGCGAGUGCUCGCCGUACAACAUGUCUCCCUGGAACCAGACCAUGGCGUCCCCCUGGUCCCACCACAGCGAGUCCAUGGCCGGCCAAGGCGGGGCGCCCACGAUGGCGCCUGGCACCAGCCUCAUCAGCUCGCUCGUCAGGGAGGAAGGCCACAUCUACUCUCUCGCCGCCAAGGGCGACGCUCUGUACACCGGAUCAGACAGCAAGAACAUCCGCGUGUGGCGCAAGCAGAAGGACUCCGGCGGCUUCAAGUCGUCGAGCGGCCUCGUCAAGGCCAUCGUCAUCUCCGGCGAGCGCAUCUUCACGGGCCACCAGGACGGCAAGAUCCGGGUGUGGAAGGUGUCGCCCAAGAACGGCCUGCACAAGCGCGUCGGCAGCCUGCCGCGGCUGCGCGACUUCCUGCGCGGCUCGCUGAACCCGUCCAACUACGUGGAGGUGCGCAAGAACCGGUCGGCGCUGUGGAUCCGGCACAGCGACGCCGUGUCGUGCCUGAGCCCGACGGACGCGGCGCAGGGCCUGCUCUACUCCGGCUCCUGGGACCGCACCUUCAAGGUGUGGCGCAUCAGCGACUCCAAGUGCCUCGAGUCCGUGGUGGCGCACGACGACAACGUGAACGCCAUCGUGGCCGCGUUCGACGGGCUGGUGUUCACGGGCUCGGCCGACGGGACCGUCAAGGUGUGGAAGCGGGAGGUGCAGGGGAAAGGGACCAAGCACUCGCCCGUGCAGACGCUGCUCAAGCAGGAGCACGCGGUGAACGCUCUCGCCGUCAGCGCCGUCGCGCCGGUGCUCUACUGCGGCUCCUCCGACGGGCUCGUCAACUGCUGGGAGGGCGAUCGCCAGCUCGUCCACGCAGGCGUGCUACGCGGCCACAAGAAGGCCGUCUUCUGCCUCGCCGCGGCGGGGGCGCUCCUCUUCAGCGGCUCCGCCGACAACACCAUUAUGGUCUGGCGGCGCGACGGCGGGGUGCACUCCUGCCUGUCCGUGCUCUCGGGCCACACCGAGCCGAUCAGGUGCCUCGCCGUCGUGGAGUACAACAAGGAAAACGUCGCGGCCGCAGCCACCGAGAGCGUAGACAACAGCGGCGUGUCGCGGUGGAUCGUGUACAGCGGAAGCCUCGACAAGUCGAUCAAGGUAUGGCGCGUGACCGACGAGGCGGCUGAGCCUAUGUUCCAGGGCUCCGGCGAGGGGUCGCAGAUGUUCGACCGGUACCCCGGCGACACGUUCGGGGCCAGCAGCUCGUCAUCGUUCCGCUAA